UUAACCCCUUCUGUCCAUCGUCUAACGUUGGAGAAGGAGGGAAGAUGAAGUUCGCAGCUCUGAACAAGGAGACGUCCGCAGAGAGGACUGCACGGCCGGAGCCCCCAGAGAGGAAAGCCACGAGAGAGGCUCAGGAGUCAGGCUGUCUGCAGAGGUACCACGAGGCCAUUCGACUACAGCAGGCCGGGGAGACGGGCAGAGCUAGAGCUCUGUAUUGCGAGAUCCUGGGCUCAAAGGUUAUGGAAGAGGCUGAGGCUACAAUGCUGAGACUCAAGUUUCUGACCUUCAAAAAUCUUGGGAGCAUUGCUCGUGGCUGUGGAGACGACUCAGCAGCUCUGGAUGCCUUCAUACAGGCAGUAGAUGUGGAUGGAAGUGAUGUAACAGUCUGGUACCAGAUGGGUCUGGCAGCCACCUCUCUCGGGAACCUUCUGCUAGCCAGAACUGCUCUGGAUGAGGCAAGGAGGUGCCACGCCCACUAUUGGCCGGCUAUCGAUCUCCUGUGUUCUUUGCUUCUCGCUCUUAACGAUGACAUCAGUUGUCUUCAGCUCAUUAGCGAGGUCCUCCCUCAUCUCCCCGACUUCCCAAGAGGACUGGCAUAUUUGCACCAUCUGGCAGAUUCCUCACCUCAACUGUUGACCUUUAUGCCAAGGCUAAGGCUCUACCUCAUGAAGCCAUGCCCACCAGAAACUGAAAAAUUGGUCGAAGAAGCCAAACAGCUUGCCAGGAGGCGUGGCCUUCUAUUGGAGGUCAAAGUUCUCGAGGAGCCAAUCAAGCCUCCGAAACCACUAGCAUAUUACAGUCUGCAUUCCCUGGGGCAGAGUCUGGUGUCCCUAUAUCGCCACUGUAUCUCUCUCUCCUCGCCCAGUCUUGCUUCCCCAAUUGACGUUCAACUGUUGUGUGAAGGAACCAGUGAGAGACCCCUCCUCCCUAACCUCGUUAAUCUGGCUCCGCCCACUUCCUCUGAGGAGGUGAGUGAGGAGGAGAGUGGAGAGGGAGAGAGGAGAGAGGCAAAGAGGAGGAAUCCUGAUCUCCCUACACCUGUGCUGCCAAAGAGACGAUCCUCUCGAGUCAAGUCACGAAGGGAGCAGGUGUGUGCCAGUGAAAGAUUUGCUCAUUUCCUCCCAGAGUGCCUCAGAGGGUGUGAGUUUGGUGAUGUGUGUGCUCUGUCGCCACUGCCCCUAUCUGGGGAAGCCCCCCUACCCUCUUUUACCGACCAAUCAGAUUGCAGCGUUCUCGACCAGCCUCGACUGUCCAGCCAUGUAGUUAAAGCCUUUCUUCAAGAACACAGUAGAAACAGUGGAGUUGUCAGCCUCAUAUACAACUACCUUCUCCUCUUAGCCCAGCGCUAUAACUGGCACUGGUCGGAGACUAGUUUCUCUGUAGUCAAGGUGUAUAUGGAGCUGUAUGAACUGGUCCAGUCUCAUCUCAUCUUCCCUUCUCCUCUCUGCUCACCAGGUGAUCCUGAUUACAUCAGUCUUCAGAAUACGGCCAUGAUUUGUCAGUGUUACUCCGAACUCAAGCUGGACCAUCUGCAGCGGUGUCCCAGCAGCCCCACCCCCUUGUCCCUCUCUCAGGCUCUCUCAUUCUCCCAGAUGAGCUGCAGUGACAAUGGCUGGAGUGGGAGCCAGGAAUUCCUACUCAGAGUGAGGUGGUGUAUGUUCAAGAGGAGACAGUUGGAAAUGGACAGCAGAGGAGCACUGGCUGUUCUGAGGGAGUGUCAUUGUCUACUGGAGGAGAAGAGGUGCCGUGUGCAGGUCCUGCCAAACCUCAGACAAGACCCCUGCAUAUCGCCAGUCCAGGUCUCCAGGAAGAUAAAAGAUCUGGAGCAGGUGUUGGCAUCACAGGAGGUGUUUGGUAUGUUUGAGUCUGGAGACCAUUCUGGUGUCGUCUCAUGUCUCAGACCCAUGCUGGACUGGACCUCCGACAAUUUCUCCCAGUUACUGCUUGGAGGAGGAGAUAAUGAAGAGCAGACUCCAAUCUCCUUGCUGCUUCUCUCUCUCCUGGCCAUGAAAAGAUGGCAGGAGUGCCUGUUGUGCAGUGUGGCUGGACUCCAGGAGCUCCUGGUCAGCUACAAGCUGGGCAACGAGAGAUGGGUCUCUGCCUUGCACACUGUCUACACUCACCUGGACAGAUGUCUGGAGGAAGCCCCUGGUGAUUUGCUGCAGGAAUGUGGAGAGAGUCUCCAGCGACAUCUGGUGGUCUGUGUGUUCAGAACCCUGGAGCUGCAGGUGGAGAUGACAGACUCUCCUCUCUUCCACCUCCUCCCCCUCUCCCUUCCCUGCUCCGUCCUCUACUUCUCCCUCCUCAGUUUGUGGGAGGAUGGUGAUGUUGCCAUGGAAACGAGACCCGAGCCCGGUGUCGACGUCAUGGAAACCGAAACUGAGCAGCUACCUGUUGUUGUCGAGGAGACAGAUAGAGAAGCGAUUUUGGGAGCGUCCCCUGCCGUGACGACCAAUCAGGAGGGGUGCAGAGUGUCGGGGUCUCGCUGGGGACUUCAGUUCCUCUGUGAUGUCCAUGAUUACCUGGGAGGAGGGGGGCAGGGGUGGUGUGUGGGGGACAAAGGUCGAAUCCUCCACAUCCUGGUGUGCAGACUGAGGGAAGAGCUGCGACAACUGACAGCACACCCUCCCAAGACACGAGUGGCUCUGUUGAGGGAGCUGGAACAAUGUUACUACUGUCUCUAUGGUCAUCCUCAUAAGAAGGCCAAGGCCUGGGGGCUGCAAGAUCAUGGAGCUGAGCAGCUGCCUCUGACGUGGGACUCUGCCCAGGUACUGCUGGAGUUCUAUCAUCCUUCAUUCCUGCCUGCCGUGGAGGAGAAUAGAGCUCUCACUCCAGAGCUGGUGUCACUGUACAGAAAACUGGUGGAUAUCAUUCCUGACACAGGGAAAGUAAUUCCACUGUCUGUCAUUGCUGGCUACAUCGAGGGGAGACUGGAGAGCCUGCCACUUCCUUCUCCUCCAGCUCCCCACACUUCCCUCGUCUCCGAGAUAUUCUACCUUCUGGCAGACGAUGCUCUCAAGAGUAGUGACUUUUUGUGAGUGUAUCUAUCUUUCUCCCUCUCUUCCCUCCUUUUCUCUUUCUCCCUCUCUUCCCUCUUUUCUUCUUCUUCUUCUCUUCUCAUUCUUCUUCUUCUUCUUCUCUCUCUCUCUCUCUCUCUUCCAGCUCAGCCCUACAUAACUACACUCAGAGUGUCUGCUACUGUCCAGAGAGAGUGGACACCUGGGCGGGGCUUGCCCUGGCCCGAGCUAGAACUGUUAUGAAGAAACUGGACCGGAGAGACGUGAGAGGUGGGAUGGAGGCAGUGUUACAGAAACAAGUCACACCUAUUCUGAGGUGUUUCAAGAGGGCCCUGGCUCUUGGCUCCCAACAUCAUUACAUCACUGAGAAGUAUGGUCUCUUCUGUUAUACCGUCCAAUCAUAUUGCUCCCAGAUUAUCACCAUGCCUCAUCUCUACUCGGGGAAAGUGGAACUGAUGUCAUGGGCGGAGAGAAGUAGGCGUGGCCUUCUGAAGCUGGCUCGUCAGUGUUUCCACUCGGCUCUUUCCAAAGUGGGCGGAGCUAGGGCGUGGCUCUACGGACUUGUGGCUGCGAAGGCAGGCGUGAAGUUGGGUCACCCUCCGGCCGAAACCCUCCCUCUCCUCACUUCCGUUGCCAAGCAAUUAAGCAGUGGUGAUGUCAUACCUCCGGCGAGUGUGGAGUUGAGAGGGCCCUGGAUGACGUGGAUUGAGGUGAGGAGUUUUAGAUAAUGAAAAGCACUAAAGUGCAAACCCUCGGCACACUCUAUAGAAAUGUGGAACCCAUACACAAGUGUGGCACCACCACAAUUGGAUGGUCUUGACCAUGCAUCAGUGCACCAUUUUCCACAUAGUUGAAAAAAAAUGCCCAGCCCUAUUUCUGUUU